GAAACUGUCUUCUUAUAUUAAUAAUUAAUCCUGUCUUGUUGUCCACACUGGUUAUCAAUUGCUACUUGAAUUUGAAUCUGAAUACUCUUAUAUUCACAUAUUGAUCUACUGCCUGGUGACAACAAUUUUUGCCUAUAUAAGAUCCCUUGUUUGCCAUAGUACUUGAGAAAAUGGCUUCUUCAGUCACUGAUGAUCAGGAAGACAAGUACCGUUCUUACUUACAUGGAGAGGGUGAAAAGAACACCAAGUGGAAGUUGGGUGCCCCUCCUAACUAUGAUGUUGUUAACAAGCUCUUUGAAGAAGGCAGAACUAAGAUAUGGCCCCCUGGAUCACUCGAAGAAAAGGUCCAGAACCUUGUCAAGACAUGGGAAAUGGAAAUGUUCAAUAAAAUAUCCUCCCAUGACUAUAAAUCGGUUAUUCUAGAGAAUUAUACUGUCACCGUAAACGGUAGGAAACCUUUGACUAUAGAAGAAAAGAGAAAGCUUGGGGGAGGUUAUAACUCAUUUAUGCAGACCUCUUUGCCAGAGAACUUGAGGGGUUAUAACCCAGAUGAAGAAACUGCAGAUUCCUCUCAUGUUGCCUUCACAACAGCAUUCCCAAGAGGGUUUGCUUUGGAAGUUAUUCAAGUUUAUUCAGGGCCGCCAUUGAUUGUGUACAAGUUCAGGCACUGGGGUUAUAUGGAGGGUCCUUUCAAAGGCCAUGCCCCAACUGGGGAACUUGUAGAAAUCUACGGAAUAUCAAUUUUUGAGGUUGAUGAACAGAUGAAAAUCUUGAAAAUAGAGUUCUUCUUUGACCGUGGAGAGCUGCUUGGAGGUCUUAUGAAGGGUCCUAAAUUGGAUAGUGGUACUGAACAGGUGGCUUUGAGCUGUCCAUUCUUGAGGAACACAGGGUAGCUUCCUUGGAUGUGUAUGAAUAUAUUUCUGUAUUGUGAUGAAUAAAAAUGAUCUUUUCAAAAAUAUUCUUGUGUUAUUCUCUGUGUUCUCUAAAAAUAUUAUUAACUACAUCAUCAGUUUCCUGAAAAGACAAAGGAAAUUUACAAAUACCAAAUAUUACAGCAGUAAAUCUAUAAGCAAAAGAGCAGAACAUUAUUUUUGGAACGGAGAGUCAAACUAUAAGAGGAAAAACCAGAUUUUAAAUCCGGAUAAAGAUCAGAACUUACAUGAGCUUCCAGAGUAACUCUAUAGUUUAAAUAUUCAUUUUACCUUGUAAUCAUGUAUUUAAAGUUUACUUCUCAUCACAUUGUAUAAAACAGAAACUAUAUAUACAUUAUGAAUAGAACAUGGCAAUUUUGCCUUUUGUUUCCUCAUAUUUCC